AGGGGGCGGCAGCGCAGGUGUCGCGCCCGAGGGCAGGUGCGGGCGGCAGGCUCGGGUCGGCUGGGGACUGGUGCUCCCGAGGCCUCAUGAAGCCGCAGGAGCCGCCGGAGAGCGGUCCCACCACUGCCGCCGCCGCGCUGGAGGCGCUGAAGCAGCGAGCAUGCGAGAGCGUGGAUCUGAACGCUGCGCGUCUGGGCGCACUGAGCCGCGACAUCUGGAGCCGUCCCGAGCUGGCGUACGCGGAGCACCAGGCGCACGACGCCCUGACCCGCUUCUUCUCCUGCGGGGACCUGCCCGGCGCUGCCUGGGCCGUGCAGCCGCGCUAUAAGCUGGGCACGGCUUUCCGCGCCGACUGGGGCACAGCGGCCCCGCAGGACCCGCUCCGCCUCGCCUUCCUCUGCGAGUACGACGCGCUGCCCGGGCUCGGGCACGCCUGCGGCCACAACCUCAUCGCCGAGGUGGGAGCCGCCGCCGCGGUGGCGCUGAAAGCCGCCCUGGAGAGCCUGAGGGAGCCCGUGGCCGUGCAGAUCACGGUGCUGGGGACGCCUGCGGAAGAGCAAGGAGGAGGCAAAAUAGAUCUGAUCAAGGCUGGAGCGUUCGAUGGCCUGGAUGUGGUUUUUAUGGCGCACCCCUCGCAAGAAAACGCUGCUUAUCUGCCCGACGUGGCCGAGCAUGAUGUGACUGUGAAAUACUAUGGAAAAGCUUCUCAUGCUGCUGCUUAUCCUUGGGAAGGAGUUAAUGCAUUAGAUGCUGCUGUUCUUGCAUACAACAAUCUGUCUGUUUUAAGACAGCAAAUGAAACCGACCUGGAGAGUUCAUGGUGUAAUAAAAAAUGGUGGUGUGAAACCUAACAUCAUUCCUUCUUACACUGAACUAGAGUUUUACUUGCGUGCUCCUUCAAGAAAAGAGCUUUCUGUUCUGACAGAGAAAGUUGAGAACUGCUUCAAAUCUGCAGCAGUGGCCACAGGAUGCAAGGUGGAAAUAAAAGGUGGUGAAAAUGAUUACUACAAUGUGCUUCCAAAUAAGAGCCUGCAGAAAAUUUACAAGGAGAAUGGAAAGAAGCUUGGAAUAGAUUUUAUAUCAGAAGAUGCUAUCUUGAAUGGUUUGUCAGGAUAUCAGUUUCUUCUGUUGAAAGGGAAGGAAGAUAGCUCAGUUGCUUCUCCAUGUCUGUGCAGCAGAACAGUCGUUAAGAGCUGAGCGUACUCGCUGCCACCUCUGCAUGGUAUUAGUGUCGCUCUGCUCCCAGGUAUCGCUCUAGGCAGAUAAGCAUCACCAAGGCUUCCUUGAGUACCUCAAAUCACAGACUCCAGGUGUGCCCCGUGCAGCUCUGCUCGCUGGGCACACAGCCAGGGGGAUGUGACAUAAUGUAAGACUGAGCUAGCUUGGACCAGGUGCCAGGACCUGUUUUCCCUUUUACUGGUCAUAGGGUAGCUUUCCUACAGGAUACCCAUAACGUCCUAAAGCAGAUGGCUUAGUUAAACAUGUCUUAGUUGAGGCACCCACAACUGCGAUAACUUAAUCUGGUCAAAAUGUAGUAUUCAUGGGGUUCAUUGGCUUCCUGUGCACAAAACUGAUAAAAUCUUAAGGUCUAGUAUAUUUGAAAAUUUCACUUUUGAAGCUUGGGACUGUUUAUGAAUGUUUCCUGCAAUCUUCUGUUUUCCCCUCUGUUCAUGUUUGUGGUAAUGUGGACUCCAUUAAAUAUGCAGUGACUUGAAGAGGCUUCAGGGUGCAUUUUUGAGAGGCUGGAACUCCAAUAUUUCUCUGUUGAUAAUAGCACAGGAUUAUGUAUAUUGCAUUGAUAACUGCAGUUAGUUAUGCUUCCAGAAGGAAUUCCAAUCUGUAUGUGACUAGCAAGCAUACAAUUUCCGAUGUUUUUAUGGAAACUAUUGGAAUCCCUGGUGUUCUACACAUACCUCUAUGUUAUUCCCAUAAAGGGUGUAACAUUUUGUCUGAUAGAGGGGAAGAUUUAGCUGUCACAUUUUUAUUAAAAGCUGCCUGCAUUUUGCCUCUCCAUAUUACUAGAAAAUACACAAUUCAAAUCUCUUCUAUUCAGUAAAAAUCACAUGUCAACUGGUAGUACAUUGAAUAUGGAUAUAAAUUUAGGAGGAAUAACAUGACUGAAAGCUGUGAUGCAGUGAAAUUCCUAAUAUUUCAUUCUCUAAGUGAGAGCAGGGAAAAGGACAGCACAGUCUUCACAACGGUUUGUGUAUUGGGACUUAGUAAAGCAGGUCUAGAACCCUUCUGGUUUGUCUGUCGAGAUUGACCAAAGAAUCAAUCAGUAGUGCAGACUACUGGAAAGUAAAAUAACUUAUUCCUAUGCCAAGAGUUGGAUUUUCUUCAAAUGCAUCCUGAAUUUACAGGAAGAGAUGUUUUUGAACAAGCUUUGCUGUUUCCAUUAUCUGUAAGCCGAGUAAAUAGUAAACUCUUGUCCUCAUAAUGUAGGCUCGGUGGACUCUAACUGUAGGCUUCCAAGUAAAAUCUGUAUUCUUCAAACAUUUAAUUACUAAAUCUUAAGGCAUUAGCAAUAUCUUCUCUUCAUAAAGUAUCAUGAUAUAGAAGCUACUUGAUAUGUUAAAAUUAAAUUUUAUACACCAUUGCUGAAGAAACAAAUUCUUGCAUCUCUGGCCCCAAACAAGUUAAUUGAGAUCUUAGUGGGUCACCCCUGUUUUUCCCUGCUACAAAACAAUUCUUCCUCUGGUACCUGGACUUCACAAUGACUGGUAUGUUGAUUUCUCUAGCUUCAAAAUGUGAUUAUAACAAAUAAUGAAUGCAUUGCUUGUUUGGGUAAAAAAACCCAACCAAAACCACUUGGGAUGUAGUUGUAGACUCUUGGAUGAUUUACUAUGAAGAAUCUUCUAUUUGGGAUUAUAUCAUUCAGUAGAUAAGGCUGAGAGAUAGGUGCUAGAUAACAUACUGAAAGUGAUAGGCAUGAAAGAAUCAUCAUUACAAUCUGCAGCAUUACUAUCAGGUGUUUGUUUACAAAGCCCCUAGCAUUUUGUCUGGAGCUUAGUUCUGAUUUUAUUUCAAGGGUACUUGUACCGUUGAGAUUUCCAUAACUGAGAACAAUCAAAAUACAUGGGGGGAAAAAACAGUUACCCUCACUCUGUUUUUGUUUAAAGAUAAAUAGUUGUUGCUUUAGUCCCCUACAGAAUGCUGAAUAUUUGCAUAUUGGUGAGAAGCUGGAAUUGUUUGGCCUAGUUCUAAAGGGCUCUAACAGGGAAAUAGAUAAAAUGCCUGAUACUCCCAAGGUUUGCAGCUUUCCUCUUUCUGAAUUAACAGCUUAGCAUCAGGAGAUGCUUGAUAAAAAUGAGCAGGAAAAGGAGUAGUAAAAGGACAUCUUCCUUGCAGUCCAGUAACUGAUACUUGAUCAGAAGUGCACUGGAGAGCAGCACCUGGAGAUGGCUGGUUAGGGAAAGCACCUUGGUGACAGGAGAUAUUUGUAUGGAUAAUGACUCAUUAGAAAUGUUUUUAUUUUAGUAUCUGGGGCAAAGGAUACUCCAUUUUAGAUAUGGGCUGGAAAGAAUGUCUAUCAUGCAUUUUCUUACAGCAUUCAAAACUGCCCAACACUUUUUCAUUAAGAAAAUCUCUAUGCUGCUUCUAGGUUCCACGGACUUUGGAAAUGUUACAUUUGUGGUCCCUGGGAUUCAUCCUUAUUUUUAUAUUGGCUCUGAUGCAUUGAACCAUACUGAGCAGUACACAGAAGC